UGAAGAAGCCUAUAGGGGAAAAGCAGCAGUGCAUAUUAGUGGAGUUUUAGGUGCUUCAUGGAGGUGCCUCUCUGGGGUCCGCUAGUUAUUUAUGUUUUUUCGGGGGGCUGCUGCAGAAGUGCUGCUGCAGGAUACUACUCAUAAAGGGGCCCCAUUAAGGGGGUUUGGAUGUAACGUGGUGAGCUGUAUACUGGGGGGCCUUUAUGGUUGUCAUUGAAACAGCUAACGACAGAAGACCUGGAGGACUGAGAACCUUCACAGCAAACUCCUCCGUGCUGCUGCUGGCCCCGCUGCUAGCUGAAGCUGACCCGUCCCCGAGUCGAGCUGUGAGGCCCUCGGGGUCAGCGGGAGAUCAGAGCAGUGGAGACGGCCUCUGCACUCACUUCCGAUGGAUGGCGGAGCACGUACCAGCCUUCAGGGUCCCCGGAACCCACAUCCACAUUCUCACCUCACCUGACCAGUUCUACCAGGCCAUGAAGGAUCGAAUCCAGACUGCAAAGAGAAGAGUGGUGAUGGCCUCGCUGUACCUGGGAACAGGUCAACUGGAGCAGGAGCUGGUGGACUGUAUGGAGGACGCUCUGCAGCGCUCACAGAACCACAGUCGCUCUCCUGACCUGAAGGUCUCCAUACUGCUGGACUACACUCGAGGAUCACGAGGGCAGGUGAACUCGAGGACCAUGCUGCUGCCGUUGUUGCGGCGCUUCACCUCUCAGAUGCGCGUCUCUCUCUACCACACUCCAGACCUGAGGGGCCUACUGCGGCUGCUUGUGCCACAGCGCUUCAACGAGACCAUCGGGGUCCAGCACAUCAAAGUGUAUCUGUUUGACGACAGCGUUAUCAUCAGCGGGGCCAACCUGAGCGACUCGUACUUCACUAACAGACAGGAUCGCUACGUGCUGCUGGAGAACUGCAGGGACGUCGCCGACUUCUUCUCAGACCUGGUGGAGGCUGUGGGAGAUGUUUCCCUGCAGCUUCAGCCCGACAACUCAGUCUCCAUGCUGGAGGGCAUGGUGCACCCGUACAACGGCAACAGACAAGACUUUUCAGCCGUGGCAAGGAAGCGAAUCAUGGAGGUCGUGAACACAGCUCACGUGAGGCAGCAGCUGCUGAGCCGGUCUGGUGAUUCGGAGGAUGGGGGGAUGAGCGAGGGCGAGGGGGAGGAGGAGGAGGACACCUGGGUGUUUCCUCUGGUGCAGAUGAAACCCGUGGGCAUCAAGGUGGACGAGCAGGUGACACAGCGCUUGCUGAGGGACGCCGGGCCAGACUCCACCGUCUUCCUAACAUCGGGUUACUUCAACCUGACCCAGGCGUAUAUGCGGCUGGUGCUCGGCGCUGGAGCCAGCUACCGCAUCCUCACCGCCUCCCCUGAGGUCAACGGGUUCUUCGGCGCCAAGGGUGUCGCCGGAGCGAUCCCCGCGGCAUACGUUCACAUCGCCCGGCAGUUUUACAGCCAGGUGUGCCGGCUGGGCCAACAGGAGCGGGUCCACCUGCACGAGUACCACAGAGCACAGUGGACCUUCCACGCCAAAGGUCUGUGGUAUUACCUCCAGGGGCAGGACCGGCCUUGCCUCACUCUAAUUGGCUCCCCUAAUUUUGGUUACCGCUCAGUUCACCGUGACCUAGAGGCCCAAAUUGCCAUAGUAACAGAGAAUGAGGAGCUGCAGAGCCAGCUGCAGGAGGAGCAGGAGAUGUUGUACCAGCGCUCCACUGAGGUGUCCACCUCAACGUUUGAGCGGCCAGACCGCUACGUCAAACUGUGGGUGAAACUGGUCACGCCCCUCAUCAAGAAUUUCUUCUGAGACACGAUCAGGAAGUGAACGGCGUCGGAGACUGAAGGUCUGGAUGGAGUUUGGUCUGCUCCAGAACCAAUGCUGUGGGUCACGGGAGCAGAACCCUCCACACACCCUGCAUUUAGAUUGUUUAUAUAUACAUACACAUUUCAUAUCUUCAAACUGGUGCAUUUCUGGUUAAGAAAAAAACAAAAACAAAAAAAAUAUUGUUCUCCUUCACGUUCGUCUCUACACGCACGUACGUGUUGCACGUGUGACAAAGCAACAGCCUUCAUCGGUGAGUGUACCUGAAUGCCACGCAGGUGAACAGAUGGGUGUGGUGAAGCAUUACAAUUCCCCAGAGAGCCUUAAUAAUAGUUUUUAAGAGUUCAUGGGAGUGUGUUUACAGCCCUGCAGUCAUCAAACAUAACUGUACAGUGUCUCUGUGUCAUUAUCAUUGUAAAUAAAAGGAUGAUGUCAUGAGUUUAUAAAUGACUCUCAAUGUGCGACUCUUUGAUUUGGUGAUCGUCCUGGAAACAUUUUUAGAAAGAACUUCCCGUCGUCGAAAACUGAGUUUUGACUUAAGGUUUAAAGUUAAAGCAUUUUGUUUCCAUUACUAUGUUAAAACGUGUACACAGAGGCUUUCAGAAUGUGCAUCAUAGAGUGUCUUAUAUUCUUUCUUUCAGCCUAACCUAUAGGCGAUUUUUUUUUUUCCAUUUUCACCAACCAUGAAACACGUGAGCAAAAAGUAC